AUGAGUUCUGUAGAGAACCCCGAUCAGGCAUCUGGCCCUGCCGAUGGCCUGGCUCCAUCCCACACAUAUGUGCCUAACCAGGGCUACCUGAACCCAGAGGCCACCGACUCCGCCAUGGCGGGGCAAGAGCCCACCGAGGAGGAGGAAUACGAAGAUGACGAAGAAUACGAUGAUAUCUUUGAUGAAGAAAUGGAUCAGGGAGACUUCCCGUCUUCUAACUCGGGUGAUUUGACCAAGGCCUACAACCGCCAGCGAAAAAUGAACACUCUCGUUGCCGACCCUAAUGCUCCGACCUGGACUUACCCGAAGACGAAUACCCAGAAACCCACCGUCAACACAUACGCAUCAAUUGAUGACCAAGUCAAGUCUUUGACCAAACAUGCUGCCAAGAUCAAGCUCGAUGAACAACAGUCUGGUCUGUCUGCCAAAGGCGACAAGGGAGGAGAUCGUGCGGACCGUGCAACAUCAGAGCAGGUGUUGGAUCCGCGAACUCGCAUGCUUCUUUUGCAGAUGAUCAACCGGGGAUUAGUCUCAGAGAUCCACGGUUGUUUGUCUACCGGAAAGGAAGCAAAUGUUUACGGUGCCAUUUCACUAUCGGAAGAUGACGACGCUCCCCCACAACAUCGGGCUAUCAAGGUGUACAAGACUAGUAUUCUGGUCUUCAAGGAUCGUGACAAGUACGUCACUGGUGAAUUUCGUUUCCGCCAAGGAUACAGUAAGAGCAACAACCGAGCGAUGGUGAAGCUGUGGGCUGAAAAGGAGAUGCGAAACCUGCGGAGAAUCUACUCUGCUGGUAUCCCCUGCCCUGAGCCUAUCUACCUCCGUCUGCACGUUCUUGCCAUGGGUUUCAUUGGUAACUCCAAGGGAGUUGCUGCACCGCGACUCAAGGAUGUUGAGUUUGAUAUUCCUGAGCCUGAUGUUCGCUGGAGAGCUUUGUACAUGGAGUUGCUGGGUCACAUGCGGGUUAUGUACCAGGUCUGUAGGCUCGUGCACGCUGAUCUGAGCGAGUAUAAUAUUCUCUACCACAAAGAUCGUCUGUACAUCAUUGACGUUAGUCAGAGUGUUGAGCAUGACCACCCGCGCAGCUUGGAGUUCCUCCGGAUGGAUAUCAAGAAUGUCAGCGAUUUCUUCCGCCGUAAGGGUGUGCACGUCUUGUCUGAGCGGACUCUCUUUGAGUUUAUCCUGGCGCCUGAAGGCCCCAAGGAUCCCACUUAUGGCAAUGAAGAGAUGACCGAGGCCAUCGAAAAGCUAUUCACUGCUCGCGAUGAGGCUGGUGUCACUAACGAGUCUGAAGAAGUCGACACUGCUGUGUUCCGUCAGCAAUAUAUCCCCCAGACUCUGGAGCAGGUUUAUGACGUUGAACGUGACGCCGAAAAGGUUCAUGCCGGUACUGGCACGGAUCUUGUUUACAAAGACCUUUUGGCUACCGGCAAGGUGAAGCAAGCCGUCUAUGAGGAUGAGUCGGAGUCUGAUGCUAGCGGUGGAGUUUCGGUAUCUGGCUCUGAAUCUGGCGAUGAGGAAGAGGAAAAGGAUCCUUUUGCUCCCAAGCCACCUCGUGGUAAGCGCUUCGAGGACAAAGAUGCCAAGCGUGAGCACAAGGCGAAGGUCAAGGAAGAGAAGCGUGACCAACGCACCAAGAAGAUGCCCAAGCAUCUGAAGAAGAAGCUUGUCUCCACUUCUGCCCGCAAGAAGAAAUGA